AUCCCCCUGCCUCGGGCUCCCAAAGUGCUGGGAUUACAGGUGUGAGCCCCUGCGCCUGGCCUCCCUCAAGGAAGAUUUCAAGUAAAGUGGAUGCCAGACUUUUAGCAGGGACAGAGACCACAGACCAGCCCAGAGACACCUGUCCCUUGGAGCUGGGACCUUGCCCUUCUGGGCCUCAAAGGGUUAACACCCCUGGCUCUCCUCCCCUCCCCUCCCCUCCCCUGGGCCUUUGACCCCUCCCAGCCUCUCUCCUUCCCUCCACUGACACCUUUGCCCAGUGACGUAGGUCUGUCCCUGCGCAGACCUGGCCGUUCCGGGGCUGCCAUGUUCUCCCUGCCAUCCCUCCCCUCCUGGCUCCCCGGCCUCCCCUCCCUCGAGUGGGGUUCUAGCCUCCUCCACUCCCUCCUGCAAGGUGAGCACCUCACCCCAUUCCUGCCUUGGCCCCGCCCCCUUCCAGCUCUUUGCAGUGCAGGGUGGACCCCACCCACCUGGUCUCCCGCCACCCCUGACCCUUGGCCGCCCCCUCCUCUGACCCUACCAACCAAGCCUGCCCUCCUAACACCCCUGCAUGCUGCCUCGCUGCCUUGCUGCCUCCCUCCUGCCCCCUCAGGCCUGAUCGGGGCCCUUGGAGUCUUGGUCCUGAACAGCCUCCUGAAAGUUUACUUCUUCGUGGGCUGUGCCAAUGACCCGCAGCGGUGGCCCGAAAAGGAGCGGCUUCGGGCCCAGUGGGCCUCGCUGGAAACGGUGCACCUGGCAGGGCUGGCCCUGUUUCUGACGGUCGUGGGGUCCCGGGUGGCUGCCCUCGUGGUGCUCGAGUUCUCCCUCCGGGCCGUGUCCACGCUGCUGUCACUGGACAAGGGCUCCCGGGGUGCUGCCGAGAGGCUGCAGCUUUACCUGCUGUGCCAGUACUCGCUGGGCUGCGGGCUGACCUGCGGCCUGAGCUUCCUGCAGGAGGGCGCCCCUCACCGCACGCUGAACCUGCUGCUGAGCCUCGGGCUGGCCACGCUGCUGGGUCUGGGUGCCCGGCGCCUCCGCCGCCACGUCUGCCGCCUCUACGAGCUGCACAGCAGCCAGCACUACUGUGGGGUGUGCCUGGGCCUGCUGGCCGGUGCGCACGGCCUCCCCCACCUGCUGGGUCGCGCCCUGGCUGUGGCCUUUGCCGUGGGUGACCUGGCAGCUGUGGCCCUCAUCAACCAGGACUUCCUGACCACCUCGGAGGCCGUGCGGUUCUGGACGCCGCUCACCAUCUGCUACACGCUGCUGGUCAUCUACAUGCAGGAGGAGCAGCGGCAGCACCCUGGCCUGAAGAGCAAAGUGCAGACGGUGCUGGUGCGCAUGGGCGGCCUCUUCGUGCUGCUGCUGACCGUGGGCCGCUGGCUGGACCUGCUGGGCAUCCUCAUCUCCCUGCUGGGCGAGCUCUGGUGUCUGGCGGGCGUCCGCACCCUGCUUGAUCUCUGCCAGAUACAGGACUUUCCAUCCCAGAGGCCUCCAGUGUCAACACCAAGCCAGCCCCUGCCCUCGGCACCCCAGUCCCAGAGUUCGGCCCCCUCCUGACCUGCCUCAGGGAGGAUCUGGAGUCUGUCUCAAGCCCACCAGUCUGACCUUCGAGGCCUUGACCCCAGGGCGAUGCCUGGAGGCAGAGUGGCAGGGCUGGCCCCCUGCCCGGAGCUCAACGCAGGCCCUAGGAGCCCCGAGAAGGGAAGGCAGGAUUUGGCGAUGGGAGCCUCUGGAGAGGGGACACCUGGGGGCCCCUGGUUGAACCCUCUUUUUCUCAGGGUGGGCAAUGAUGCAGCCCCUCAGACCUGCCUUCCUAGGCAGGGGCGGGGGUGCAUGCUCAGGAGGGCUCCCCCUUUACUGGUCUCCCUUCCCUUCUCCAUGAACAAUAAAGACGAUGACUUUCUCCA